CUCGGUGUAGGGCUAGUUAAAUGCCUGCAAUGCCCGAGAUGGACGUUCUACUCUCGCCUGACGCAACAACCGUUUCACAUGCCUCCAAAGUCACUAUGGAAGAGCCAAAGCCUCACCGUUCGGACGACGAGUUAUUAUCAGAUGAUCCAAUUCCGGCCGGGAGUGAUGAGGAGAAAGACGACCUUUCUAUCUCACCCGUCUCCGACAGGGCACCACCGUGGUCUGGAACCCGCUGGGCCCGGUUCUUCCCCGAACUCUCCUCGCAUUUUUCUCUGACGUCUCCCACAAGCGCAACUCAUCCUCAGAUGAGUGGCUCACAUAACGCAGAUCACUAUUUGCACCAGAAGACUUGGACUUCUUCAGACCACGGGAGAGCGUCAUCUUCUUUGUCCUCGGAAGAGCUUACUGAUAACAGAUCAUCCAGCUAUACGAGAAGAUCUUCCAUGACAAGUCAAGGGUCCGAAAUCACUUCAACCGCGUACAGAUUUCCGGAUGCUUUUCCUAUACCGCCCUCCUCUGUGGCUGGUGGCUUUGACGAGUCAAUCCCUACACUGCUUCCGCCGCCAUUGACAAAGCGACGUUUCGUUUCCCCGCCCAGAGAUAAGCCGCUUCCUCAACAGCCACCGAUUGAGUUGACUCCACUUUCGCUGCGCGUCAAAACUGGGCAAUUGCCGCAGAUCUACGAUGGUGAAUAUAGUCAGCAUACAGACCAUUUGCCGCGCACUGCAAAGCAUUCAAGUCGCCAUCAGCCAACGCUGUCGCAAGCCGCCAUCGAUCUAGAGAGAACUUUGGCUGGACUCACUGAGCAUCGACAUACGCCAGUGCAACUUUCACCUCGCAGUCCUCAUCAAAUCCCUGAUGGGCCGUUGCAGAUAAGCAGAGGAAACAUGGACAUGAUCGCCACACGACCAGCACCUCGGCCCCCUGUUAGUGUGCAUCAGAGCAGGCAGAUACACAAAGCGAAGUCUCGUGAAGAUUUGAAACAAACAAAGAAGCCGCACAAGACAAAGACCCCGUUCUCCUUCACAGUGCCAAGCUUCGGUCGGAAACAGAGCCGCGCCCAUCUCCGAUCUGCAAGCAGCUCCAGCGUGAAGUCAGAACCAGGAUCUCAGGUAGUGAGCGCCUUACAGCCACCGAUUGUCAGGGCACUUGCGGACAAGGACGGGGUGGCUGAGUUGCCGGGGUCUCCGAUCACUCGCCUUGGUGAGAGGCCUGCAUCUGUGAGCAGUGAAAGGGAGCUUCGGAUGAAACUCCCUCGCCUUCAAACAAAGGAAAGGAAAGUCAUCGACCGCGACGGUGUAAUAGCCCCUCUCAGCCCUGCUGAACUCCCAGCCUACAGCCCUCGAGAAUCUCACAAUCUGCAGAAAAAGCCAUACGAGAGGCCAAGAGGGGAGUCUAUUGGUGAAAAAUAUUUUGUGUCCCAUAGUAAAUCUGGCAAACCGGCUGCAGGACCAGUCCACCCAGAUUUGAAAGCGCUGCAGGCGCCAACGACGGUCUACGAACUUGAUUCUGGUUCUUCAUUGUCGCCAGCUGAAUUGCAAGGCGACACUACCGUCUCAAUCCCCAGUCAAAUCCCCAGUCAUAUGGAGAAGACAGGGGUGAUCACCACGCCUAUGACCUUUCCGGACCGUGCCAUCCUAUCUAUCUUGAGACAAGUCGAUUCGCUCGAUGUCCUCUUCAGGGUAGCGGUGGUCUGCAAAGACUUCUACCGGGUAUUCAAGGAGCACGAGCUGGACCUUAUGAGGAGUGCGGUUUUCGCAAUGUCGGCGCCCGCAUGGGAGUUGCGCGAGAUAAGCCCCCCAUGGGACACUGAAUGGCAGGUUCUGUUGGCUCCCGAUGCGCCUGCACCGGAAUACACUCCGUCCUCCUAUCUGCAGCGUUACGCUCAGGAUAUCUACACGCUAGCACAUCUCAAGUCGCUUAUACUAGCUCGGUGUGGGACGUUUCUACGUCCUGACACGAUCCAAGGCCUGGCUGGAAAUGAUGACACCCGCGCAACGGAGGUCGACGACGCCUUCUGGAGGGUUUGGACGUUUUGUCGCAUUUUCGGAUCCGGAAAGCGUAGAGAAAGCGACACCGUGGGGCAGUUGGAUUGGUUGAGAGGUGGUUCCAAGGCCGCGGGCCGGCAUAUCUCGGUGGCGACGUCCAUCACCGAGCCAUUCAAUAUGGAUAGCGUUUUGUUCGAACCCCCGGCAGGCUUCGGGUGCGGUAACAAAGGUGGCUUGUCGAAGAGUCAACUUGUUGAUAUGACGGAGAUCUGGACCUGUCUAGGUGUGCUGCUCCAACCACUGCAUGGCAGGUGUGACGAGGCGCGGAAAGUUGGAAUAUUCGAUGGACACGAUGUAGCGCUAAACGACACGGCAAAGGAGGGAGCAGUCUUAGAAGAAUGGUCUCACUACGUCCUCACUCUUGGACCUUCAGCCGUCUUACUUCUCGGCUCCAUCCACUCCCAUGACAACAAUGCGGCCGCAAGUUUUGAGAAAGCCCAAAUGAUGGGCUUGACGAAGUGGGAACCUUGCGAUACCGGGGGCAGUCGGUCCUCCUUCCUCAGGGAGGCUGUGUCGAAAGCUUAUCAGCCACCGAGAAGCAUUGCUUCUCGGACAUCUUCACACUCUUCGGGGAUGAACUCUCGCCUAUCGGACUCGCUCACCAGUCACGAUGGCUUCUCGAUGGCUGGCAGCCCUGUUGAACGCCAGUCUUCGCCUGACUUCCACCGCCAGCGACAAGCUGCUUAUUCUGCGCAACUAAGGAACCAAAGACAGCACCAAUUGAGUCCUCCCAAUGCCACAAUCGCUGAGGAACGCCCGUUAUCGAACUAUGCUUCCAUCAUGAGCCGCCUGGAAGGCGCACCCCCCUCGCCACCAUAUCGAACGCCCAUGCCAGAGGCGGGAGCCUCGCAGAUGGUCAACCCCAACAUGCCGAACGUCCACUAUAUACGGGCACCCCAGCAGCAACAGCAGGUCCGUGACCCUGUCGAUCAAGCCAUUGAGACAAUGGUCCGGGAUCUCGGCUUUGCGGAAGAGGAUGCCAAAUGGGCUCUCAAAGUGACCGACAACGGCGAGGGGAUCGACCUGAAUGCCGCGAUCUCGCUGCUCAAGAGAGAGCGCAAGAACCAAGAGCGGAACAAGCGCGGUUUCUCCCUGCGAAAACGCGGCAAUAUUCUAUCCUCGGUUCUCAACAGCCCGGAGUCCAGAAAUUCGGGCUGGAAGUGGGCGUGACCAAUGCAUUAAUUAAUUAUUAUUGUUUAUCCAUUGGUCAUUUCUUUGAGGGGUUGUCGCACAUAUGCAUUCCUCUCUAUCACUCCGAAAACCUGUCAAAAUUGUGUGUCUGUUUGUGCAGCUAUGCAAUGGACAUUCAUCUUGAUGUGUCUCUUUCUUGUUCUGAUGCCAUGUCCCUCCUUUCCACUACCAGGCGUUGCAUUUUCUUGAUACCACCCACCAUGUACCAUUCUUUCCUUGUUUUGUGUGACCUUGAUUGGCCUGUAUUAGAUUAACCUGUCUAGAUCUCUG